GCUGAGUUUUCUCGGCAACUUUCGGAGCUCGUCUUUCUCCUGCUCCCCGCUCCGCCCGCCGCAACCCCCCUCCCCGCUCCGCCCGCCCCCUCCGCCCCUGGGAGAGCCGGCGGAGCAGCGGGCAGCCGCGCCGCUCCCCUCCGCAGCCCGCCGGCCGCACGCCCCCCGCGGCAGCACCGGCCCCGCGACCGCCGAACCGCAGCCUGCGGGCCGUGAGGAGCGGCAGAGCCCGGGCGGCGGCAGCCUGCAGCCCUCCCGGCCGCUCCGCGCCCCCGGCCGGCUCGGGCGAUCCCAUGGUGCCGGGCACCGCGACCUGCAGCCGCCGCGCCUGCCUGCCCGGCGCGGAGCUCAGCCCGGCGCGGAGCAGAGGAGGGGCCGAUUAGCAGCCGCGGAGGAGGCGGGGGGGAUGCCGGAGAGACACAAAGCCGGCGGGGGAAGCAGCCCACGGCUCGUCCCGGGAUGGGGGCACCGCGCCGGGUCCGCCUGAUGGUGCUGCCGCGGGUACUCUGGGGCUCCGUCCCCCUCUUCCUCCUGCUGCUGCCCGCGGCCGAGCCCAUCUGCCCCGAGCCAUGCGACUGCCAGCAGCAUCAGCACCUCCUCUGCACCAACCGGGGCCUGCGCUCGGUGCCCAAGGCUGCCGAGCCCCAGGAUAUCCUCACCUACAGCCUCGGGGGCAACUUCAUCGCCAACAUCUCCGCCUUCGACUUCCACCGCCUGGCAGGGCUCCAGCGCCUGGACCUGCAGUACAAUAGGAUCCGCUCGCUGCAUCCCAAGGCCUUUGAGCGCCUGGGUCGGUUGGAGGAGCUCUACUUGGGCAACAACCUGCUGCCGGCACUGGCCCCUGGCACCCUCAGCGCCCUGGCCAAGCUGCGCAUCCUCUACGUGAACGCCAACGAGAUCGGCCGCCUCAGCGCUGCCUCCUUCUCUGGCCUCGGCAGCCUUGUCAAGCUGCGGUUGGAUGGCAAUGAGCUGGGCUCGCUGGGCGACUCCACCUUCUCAGGGCUGCCGAACUUACUCUACCUGCACCUGGAGUCCAACCGCAUCCGAUGGCUGAGCCGCGGUGCUUUCACUGGCCUGGCUAAGCUGCGCUUCCUCGACCUCUCAGGGAACCAGCAGAGCUCCCUUCGCCACCCGGACAUCUUCGGGCCGCUGCGCUCCCUCCACACCCUGCUGCUGGCCAGCAACAGCCUGCAGCAGCUGACAGGGGGGCUCUUCCAGCACUUGCCUGGCUUGGCGAAGCUCUCGCUCAGUGGAAACCGUCUGGCUCACCUGGACCCAGAUGCCUUCACGGGGCUGAGUUCGCUGAAGGAGCUCCGCCUGGAGGGAAACCUGCUGAGCCACCUGCCCGCUGCCCUUCUGGAGCCACUGAGCAGCCUGGAGGCGCUGGAUCUGAGCCGCAACGCACUGACUGCCCUGCACCCUGCAACCUUUGGCCACCUCGGCCACUUGCGGGAGCUCAGCCUGCGAGACAAUGCGCUGGCCACCCUCCCUGGCGAGCUCUUUGCUUCCAGCCCCGCUCUCUACCGCCUGGAGCUGGAGGGGAACGCCUGGAGCUGCGACUGCCGCCUCCGCGGCCUCAAGCACUGGCUGGGGGCCUGGCACUCCCAGGGCCGCCUGCUCACCGUCUUCGUGCAGUGCCGCCUGCCGCCCACCCUGGCCGGCAAGUACCUCGACUACCUGCAGGACGCCCAGCUGCCGCCGCCGCAAGACGGCGGCCCCUGCCACGACGGUGCGUCUCUCUCCUCCGCGUCCCCCCCGCCGGCAGCCGAGGAGCAGCGCUGGCCGCCGCCGGCCGCCGAGGGGCUCGGCAGCAACAGCAGCGGCGCGGGGUUACCCCGCGGGCCGCCGGGGCCGCCGCCGUCCGCCUCCACCGCCCGCCUGCUGGGGGCGCCCGAAGGCGCGGCGGUGGCGGCACCGAGGGCCGCGGCGGAGACAGUGAGCCCCACACCGCUGCUGCCGGCCCGCCCGGCGGCCUCCGGGCCGGCGCCGCCCAGCGCGGCGUGGCCCCGGCGGGCCGGCAAGCCCCGCUCGGCGCCGGCCGCCGGGGUCCCGCCGUUGGUGUCCGACCCGUGCGACUUCAAUAAGCUGUUCCUCUGCAACCUGUCGGUGGAGGCGGUGGGCUCCAGCUCGGUGACGGUGCGCUGGGCCGUGCGACCGCACCGCAGUCCUCGUCUGCUGGGGCCGGUGCGGUUCCGCCUCCUCUUCGACCGCUUCGGUGCCGCCGUCAAGUUCCAGCGCUUCGUCUACCUGCCGGAGCGCGGGGAGCCGGCCACCACCCUGCGGGAGCUCCGCCCGGACACCCCCUACCUCGUCUGCGUCGAGGGCGUCCUCGGCGGCCGCGUGUGCCCGGUGGCGCCACGGGAUCACUGCGCCGGGCUGGUCACCCUGCCCGAGGGCGGCGCGGCAGCGGCGGGCGGGCCCCGUGGCCCCGACCAGCAGCUCCUCACCCUGGUGCUGCUGGCGGUGAACGCGCUGCUGCUCUUCGCGGCGCUAGCGGCCUGGGCCUCCCGCCUGCUGCGGAAGAAGGUGCUAGGGCAGCGGCGGAGGAAGGCGGCCCCUGUCCAUGUCCGGCAGCUCUAUUCCACCCGCCGGCCCCUCCGCUCCAUGGGCACCGGUGUCUCCGCCGACUUCUCGGGCUUCCAGUCCCACCGGCCGCCCCGUGGCGCUGCUUGCGCCCUCAGCGAGGCCGACCUCAUCGAAUUCCCCUGUGAGCGCUUCAUGGACAGCGGCGGCAGCACCCGCCAUGGCGACGACCACCUGCUGCAGCGGUUUGCCGACUGAGCCCGCCUAACUACAGCUCCUGGCAGGCCCCACGCAGGAGGCCGGCGGCACAGUGCAGCGAGGCCCGCUGGGAGCUGUAGUUAGCACGGCAAGGGGAGGUGGCCCCUGGUCUGGGGUGGGCUGGUGCGGGCCGCAAUGGGUCGUGGCCUCCGAGGGGGAGAACUGUGGUGCAGUCGCUGCCUUCCACCGCCCCUAUUGCAGGCCGGGGCUGAUGCCAGCUGUGAGCCGGGCUUGCUGCGUCACCUCUGCUGGGAGGUCACCAUUUUCUCAGAAGUCAUCGCUAACCGAAGCCCUGACAGCGGUGGUAACCGUUCCUUGCCUCGAGGAAAGCAAAACGGCGGGAGCUACUGCGAACAGCAGUGGUGCCUCCCUUAAGCAAACAGAGCCCUAAAUUUAAGUGUGGUAUUUCACAGGUGGUUUUCCUGGACAGCCUUUGGGAACGACAGUUACAGCGAGCGGCCUGGCCCCGCACGAGCACGCUUUGAACAGACCUUUCCAAGGCAUCAGCCCUUCCUCAUCACAAAUUUGGACUGAGGGUCAUCUUUUAAUGUUACUGAUGAACUGUGCGCAACCAGCGAGUCGUAUGUUUUGUGCUGGACAGCUUGAAGGCUGUGCCGUUUUAACCGAAUGUGAGGCAGUUUAAUGUGCACAAGUGUGUUUUCAUACUUUUUUUUUGUAAACGGGAAACAAUAAUGCAGCUGGUUAGUUUUACAGGAAUAUAUUGCUGACACCACUAGGAAAAUCUAACAGAGUUUUGUAAUAUGUUUACAAAGGAGCUAUUUUUAAAUAGUUUUUGAAUAAAUUCUGCUUGGUACUUGUACACAUUAAUGUGUGCUGUAGUUGUCUGCGUCCGUGACAGUCAGUAGAUCACUGACCCUCAUGUAAGCCAUUUCUAAGUGGGUGGAUGCAGAGGUGAACUGUUGAUGGAUAAAUAAUAUUGGUGCCUUUCUUCAGAAACAGUAAUAGGUGAGAAUAUUUCAGGAAUGUGAAAGUGUCUUUAUCUUAACUGGCAAUUCUCUCUUAGCCUUAGCCUACUAAAGUUAGAAGCUUUAUGUACCUCACUGUGAAAUAAAACAUUUUUGUAUAUUAAUCUAGAUUCUGUGUUUUGUGUAGCUGAGUGAAUAAUGCUAAAGUUAAACCCUUAUGCAGUAGUAUAUGACGUUUGAGUUGUUUUGUUUUAAUUUGAAUUUUGGUUUUGGAGCAAUGCUAAUCACUUUAUGAUCAGUUGUGCUCUGCUUUCUCGGACUUUUACUUGCCUAAAUAUUUACAGAAUGUGGUUCUGUUACUAUGAAAUACGAUGGUUUAGUUUACAUUAAUAAUCCUCUCUGUGUGGUCUAGAAAUGAGCUAAUUAAAAAGGUCCAAACUGUGGUUACACUUUAAAUGCAAAUGUUUUAGAUGGAGUUUGGUGAAUUGUUGAGACCAUUGAUACUACUUCUGCUCCUUUGAAUUUAAUGUGCAACCUCAGAUGAACUCUUAAGGAACUGAAUGGCUUGAAGGAACUGUUCGAGGACUGUGGAGACAUUCAUCUCAAUAUCAUGCGUUCAUUGCUGACCUGAGGUGUUUAUGACUACAAGUUGUUUAUUACCCUAAUUGCAAGUAGGAAGUUUGUUGGGGUUUUUUCCCUCUCUUUUUCUUUCUUUUUUUUUUUUUUCUUUUUUUCAGAUGAACAAGUGUUUACAAAAGACACCAUAGUAACUGGUACCUUCAAUUGGAGUUCAGUGACUGAAUGGAGAGAACAAGACUUCAUGUUCUGAGGGAUUUUUGUUCAAUCUUUAAAUUUGAAUGGGAGAAAGGAGAGAGUGUAGGGAUCGUUUGUCUUAAACUUUGCCUUUUAAAUGGAGAAAAAAAAUUAGGAUUUAAGUCUUGAUUCUUGAGUCAGUAGCAAAAAGUCCUUUGGGAUUUCAUUUUGACAGGCAACAGUUUUCAUGAAUAUCAGGGACCAAACCUGAUUGUCAGUGUAUAGAUCAAAAUUCAUAACUCUUACUGAAUGUUGAAUGGAAUUAAAACUGAAGGAAUCCAGGAUCAGGUUUUAAAUAUUUUGUUGUUGUUGUUGUUAUGAAUCUUAAAUUUCUGUUCUUUUGGACCCCUGGGUGCUUUUGGCCAUUUAUGACUGACUGUGGAAUACACCACUGUUGUUAGAAAUGCAGUGGGAAUUACUGAGUAAAGCUGUGUAUCACACUAACCUUAGCUCUAUCACUGGAUAUUCUUCCAAUGGGAGAUGCAUAGAAGCUGUACAUGGUUAUAAUCAAUUGUGUCAAUAAAUCCAUUUGCUGAAAGAAAA